AUGUUAGUCAUAAUGGUCUUCUUAUGCGAAAGUGGCGAUCAGUGUGAUGAGGGAUGGGAUGAAUUUGGUGAUAAAUGUUUUAAGUACCACAACGACAUGGCUGGUGCUAAUUUCCACGACGCCAUGACUGUCUGCGAGCACUUCUAUGGCGCCACUCUGAUCACCAUUCAUUCGGUCCAAGAGUUUGAUUUCAUCUACAAAAUGGUUUUCGAGGCAAAACACGCCAAGUAUUCCGUUUGGAUCGGUUUGAUCCGUGUCUCCAAUGAGUCGUUUGUCUGGUUUGACAGAAGUCCUCUUAAUUACACCAAUUGGGGUCCUAAUGAGCCAAACAACUGGUUUUCAAAGAACUACUGCACUGUAAUGAGUUCUGCGGCACCGGCUAUGGGCAAGUGGUUUGACGUGGGCUGUACCACAACCUAUCUGGUCCUGUGCCAGAAAUAUCUGCACCACAAUACAGACAAUCAGGACAUCAACCAAACAUCUAACGGCAUAUCAAUUGCUGAUGAAAUUAAUAUGAUGUUAGGGGACGAGGAAAACAAUGUCUAUGAGUUGGUGACCAACCCGUCCGCCAAACGCAAAGACAGGUCACUCGACAUACACACCGAUAGAGCACUGAAUGGGGAUAUCGGACACGACAUGAACCGUCCGCUCUUUCCCCUCAAUCAUGCCAUGGAUUCAUUGGUCAGUGACAUACGACAUGUGAGUCUGACUGAUGAGCCACCCAUUGGUGUCCAACUCUGGUCACAGAUAUUUGAGACCAAUAAUGAAGACCCAAAGGCUUUGUCGAUCACCAAAGACAGGGCCGAUAAGGUAUGGCUCGAAAAACACACAAAAAUCGGUGAAUACUCUGUGAAACUGAUCGGCGAUGAGAGACAUAUUGUGGCCAACGAUUCGGACCUCAAGUAUCUGCACAUCCCGGACACCAUUCUUCUGGAUCUGAUGCACGGCAUGCUACGCCUGGUCAUACACUACCCUAGGCCGUGUCUGAAGCAACACAGGGUAUUCCCGCUGUCCUUUGUAAUGACUUUCCCUUUCGAGAGGUCCGAGCGGGUGAUCAUCUGUGGCAUCGAAUUCAAGGGAACCAUAUAUUUGACGCCAGUCUACGACCCAAACACUUCCGGUUACGACAAUCACCGACAAAACCAAUUGGGUUUCAGUGGCUAUCGGUUUGAGGAGUACAUGACAAGCGACGACCCAUUCAUGCCGUCAAACGGCGAUUAUCUGCGCAUCGGUCGAGACUUUAACGCCUACUUCGGUGUCGUCCGGACCAGACUUCUCAGUAAAGUAGCCAAAGAGCAGAUCCGGGAUCUCUGGACAAUGUGGUUGAGCUGA